AAGAAAGCGGUGCGUACAUACCAUGCGACUACAAAAAAAACUCCUAAUUGCUGCCUUCGGAAGGCUAAACGCAUACAUGAAUACACCAUGAUUUGCAAUCCUUCGACAGCACUAGUCAUUCGGUCAGCAGCACCGUUUGCAGUCAGCCAUAUUCGAAGUUUGUGUGCUUGAGUGAACGUGUUUCUCUGUUGGCGACCGAUGGCAAAACACAACAAACGAUUGCGUCGAUCCGUCCGGGUGGAAGUGUUCCGCGAGUACUGUGCCAACAGCUCCAUCCACGGUGUACGAUACUUCGACCGUGAUGAACGAACGGCUUGUGAACGAUUCUGGUGGCUAGUAGUCUUUCUGCUUUCGUUACUAGGCUGUGGCGUGAUGAUACACAAGACGUACGAGAAAUGGAAUCAGGCUCCAAUCAUUGUUACGAUCUUGUUACGUAGUGUUGAACGAAUUAAAGCCGUAGCGCAGCUGUGUAACAUAAUGUUCCAUUCAAACUAUGGUUGGUUGAACCAAGUCAACGGUUCGGAAGACAAUAUAGUUGAUAUGUUAAAGCGCCUGUCCUUACCAUGGCGCACAACAGUUGCCUUAUGUUAUUACGGUACCGAUUUUACGGAGUGUGAGAAUCAGCUAAAAGUAACGCUCACCGAGGAGGGUAUUUGCUACACGUUUAACAUGCUGCCUGACAGGGAAAUCUUUCGUAAAAGUGCCAUGCACACUGACUACAUUUACACGCGGAAUUGGUACAUUUUUCCCGGAUUUCAGCCACCUGGACCUUCGUACGCUCGAGAUGCAGGAUUGGAUGCAGGUCUUACGUUUUAUUUGGCGCAAAAAAAUGAGGACACGGAUUAUCUGUGCACGGGAUUCUCGCAAGGAUAUAAACUAAAGAUCCAUGGUAUAGAUGAGUAUCCGCAUAUGGCAAAACGCAACCUACGCCUACCACUCGGACACGAGAUCUCGAUCGCUCUCAAGCCCCAAAUGAUCGUUACCUCUCCGUCGGCCGCUGACUAUAGUUGGGAGAAGCGUCAGUGCUUCUUCAAUCACGAGCGUUACCUUCGCUACUUCCAGAUCUACAAUCAGGAAAACUGUGAGCUAGAGUGCUUAACCAACGUGACGCGCGCAAUGUGUGGAUGUGUUCGCUUUUCGAUGCCAAGAUCGAACGACACAAAGGUCUGCACACUUUCGAUGUGGCAUUGUAUGUACCGCUCAAAGUGGUUCUUACGCCCGAUUCCCGGGCUAAAGCGACAACCUCACAGAGUGAUUCUUGAAAUGGUGAAAAACUGCAACUGUCUGCCAGCGUGCAGUUCGGUUUCUUACGACGUGGAAAUGGCCCAAACUUCGCUCGAUAUGGAAAAGUUCCGGCUGGCAAACAAUGAGCUACCGCGCGAUCAUUUGGACAAGUUUACCAUCACAACACUAGCGAUCUACUUCAAGGAGUCGUACUUCAUCACUUCGAAGAGAUCGGAGCUGUACGGAUGGGUUGACUUUCUGGCAAACUGUGGUGGACUGUUAGGUUUGUUCAUGGGUGUGAGCAUUCUUAGUCUGUUAGAGAUAUGUUACUUCAUUACAAUUCGACCAUUUUCGGUUAGAAGUAGGAUAGCGAGUGCUGAAAAGCGCAAAUCGAACGAAGUCCAGACUGCCAUGCUUCCAGUUAUCUGCAAACCUGAGUAGAUGUUUACGUCGUCGGAAUAUGUUCAUUAAUUACACAAUCUGGUGUAGAAUUCUGCAGCUAAAACGCAGUAGCAAGGAAUUGAUUUGGUUUGUCCUUACGUCUGGUGAUUAAUAUUAUGUCUAGCUAGUCAAUAUAUAUUGAUAGCAGCAUCAAAUAGAGAGGUUAAACAAAUCUUUAGUUGCAUAUUGAACUUUUUUUCUGCAUCCUUCGUUCCAUAAAGACGUAACUUCAUCAAUAAACAGUUUACCAUCUAUUAAAUCUUUAAUUAGUAAUCGAUGGAUCAUACUCAAAUGCUUUAAACAAUAACAAUUCAUAACGUCACAAAUAACACAU